CGGAAAGAGAAGGUAUUAAUAAAAUAAUAGUAACGUGCUAAUUGUAUUUAUAUAUAUAUUUUUAUUGUUUUAAAAUAUACUUUAAAAAAAUGGCAAAAGUUGCGUCAGCUCUAUUUUCGGUCUUUUCGCUAAGUUCUCCGAGACCACAAGUACAAUUCGCUGAUUCUUCAGGUUUGUCGGUGUCUGGACUACCAGGAGAAAGGGUUAUAACCUUAGAGGAAGUUUCAAGGCACGAUACCGACAAGGAUUGUUGGGUUGUAAUAUAUGACAGGGUUUAUGACAUUACGGAAUUCUUAGACGAGCAUCCCGGAGGUAGCGAACUUUUAUUGGAAUACGCCGGAAGGGAAGCGAGCGGUGCGUUUAGAGGAUCCGGCCACAGCGAUGCAGCAAUAAAACUUCUCGACAAGUACUUCAUAGGAGAACUACCCAUACACGAAAGAAUUUUUCGAAAACAAGGCGGGUUGAUGCUGAGUAAUAUACCAGAGUAAA